AUGUCGGGCAGCGAGACUGAUGUCAGCAUCAUCGAUCGAGAUGAUGUGAGCAACUACAACCCCGAAAAUAUCCUCCCAGUAUCGAUAGAGGAGAUCGAGAUGAUUCGAGAGUGGCUGGAGCCAACUUCGUACGCCAUUGCCGCCGGCGAGUUCCGCAAGCAUCUCGCAUCCCACUCGCCGGGGACUGGACAAUGGCUUACCUCUACCGAUGGAUAUCGGCGAUGGCUUCAAGAGAAUGAAUGCGGUCUCCUCUGGAUCAAAGGUAUCCCUGGGUCUGGCAAAUCCGUCCACACUGCCAAAUUGAUUGAUGACCUCGGCAAGGCGAACCCUGGCUGUCCAGUGCUAUUCUUUUUUUUCCGACAGAUUAUCGCGGCCAACCAUAACCCGCAGGCUCUCCUUCGGGAUUGGAUGGAUCAGGUUUUGAAUUAUAGCCCGCCACUACAACACAAGCUUUUGACGUAUACCAAAGAUGAGAUAUCGUUAAGCUCAUUGUCGACUAGCGAUCUGUUAAAGGAUCUGCAGAUGGCGUUCCGUGCUCUGCCCGAUAAAGUCUUCUGCAUCGCCGAUGCGCUCGAUGAGAUGGACACUGGAAACGAUACCUUCAUCCAGGCCCUCGGGUCGCUUAGCCAGUGGAGACCGACGAAGGUUAAGGUCCUGGUCACGAGUCGACCUAUUCCCAGACUCGAGAUUCCCAUGCGCCAGACGCCAGCCCUCCAUAUCCGGCUCGAGGAGCGACUCGUGGAUGUCGAUAUUUCGACCUAUGUGCAUACCAUGCUGUCAGAAUCAAAGAUUCCUCAGAGCGAGUGGAGUGUAAUCGUGAAUGCCGUACCUGGCCGAGCAAACGGUAUCUUUCUCUACGCAAAAUUGGCCAUGGAGGCCUUUCUUGAGCCAGGCGUCGACAUUAGGGCGGUUUUAGCAAAUCUUCCUGCAGACCUCAAUGUUCUUUACACCGAUCUGUUGCGAGAACAUGCUAGGCGAUCCGGCAUAUCACCGAGCGUCCAGCACCUCCUUCUCCAGUCUGUUACGCAUGCAACAAGGCCACUACGACUACUCGAACUCGCCGAGAUGUGCAGGGUUACCGAAGGCCCUGGUCUGGGCCAGGAUCUAAGGGCUAUAAAGGACCUUAUUAGAACUGCGUGUGGACCGCUUCUGGAGAUACUACCAGACGAGACGGUGUCCGUCGUUCAUCAUUCCUUCACCGAGUACCUUAUUGGCGCUACGCGAUCUGAGCACGAUAAUGGCUAUCUAGCGCUGCUACCCGGGCCAUCCCAUGCCAAGCUUGCUCAAUCGUGCCUGCGGUAUUUGUUGAUGACUCACUGUCUUGAUGAAGUCGAGAUUACAAUUGAUGACAGCGACGAGACAGAAGGAUUUGGUGAUGAGCCAUAUGAUCAUACAAAGUCUAAACGGAUUCCGCACUAUGUAUACGAGCUACGCAUGAAGUUUCCGUUCUUUGUGUAUGCUACUAGCAAUUGGCACGUUCAUAUCCGAAACUCGGAGGCAGUGUGCUAUGCGCAAGAUGAGAUCAACGAGGUUCUUGAGCAGUUCCUCAGCAUUGGUAGGUCCGUCAAGGCAUGGCUCCAGGUGACCUGGCCUGGAUAUGCAUCGAAUGCACGAAAGUUUUCGGUCCUACACCUCGCAGGGAGAUAUGGUCUUGUAGCAUAUACGAGGAAGCUCGUUGCGGACUGGUCUGACGACAUAGACACAUGCGACAUUACGGGAAAAACACCACUAUGGUGGGCUGCUUCUCAUGGCCAUGCUGCUACAGUAGGGGAACUAAUAGCCGCGGGCGCCGACCCAGAUCACCAGGAUGGAUUGAGUGGGCGGAAGCCACUGCACGAGGCUGCUAGUAAAAAUCAUCACGCAGUUGUGAAGGUCCUGUUGGAGGCUGGCGUUGACCCUCUGACACCGGUAGGUCUCACCAACCACGCGAAGGCUGGGGGGGCGCUUGACACAUUCUUACCAUAUCUUGACCUCGAAGCGAUGCACAGCUGCCUUGCUUGGGCUGCGCGGACCGGACAGGCCCGAGUCGUCAAGCACAUGUUGUCACAGCCAGACGUGGAGGUUGAUACCAUAGUUCGCGGUAGUACUGCUCUGUUCAAGGCAUGCUUAAGUAGGGAUCUGAAAACUGUGGAGGCAUUGCUCGGAGCUGGGGCCGACCCGGAGAUGUUGAAUGAAGUUUGGGCGGAGGAGUUCAGAUCGGCCGCAACCUCUAAGAAGCCCAGCGGCUCCCAUGCCCAGUUCACUUGUCUCCAUGCUCUCUGUGGCCUGCCUGGUCUCUCGCACCGUAAUGAUGAUUGGGACGAGAGCGACUGCUACGAGAUAGCCACGCUUCUCAUUAAUGCUGGUGCUGAUGUUAAGCGCCAGACUGAGGAUGGAAAAACUGGGCUGCAUCAUAUCGUCGAGGUGUCAUACUAUUUGGCCCGGCUUCUCAUGGAGGCCGGGGCUUCGACUGGCGCGGUAGACUCCAAGGGUCGGACACCGCUCUAUUAUUCACUGGUCCCUGCUUGCAUCCCUCUACUGGUGGAACAGGGCGGGGCCGACGUCAACGUGAAGGACGUUUACGGAGACACACCCCUUCUCGUGGCCCUAGCAGAUCAUUAUAACGAAGUAAAAGUACAGCUGCUCUUAGAGUGUGGGGCGGAUGCCGGCGUUCUCAACUCGGCCGGUGACAGCACCCUUCAUGUCGCACUCGAAAACUACGCGACACCGAAAAUAGUCAAUGCUCUCCUUGAAAGCGGUGUUGAGCCAGAUGAGCGCAAUCGCCAAGGCCAAACCGCCUUGAUGUGUUCUUUCAAGUCACGGGAUGCCGAAGGAAUUUGGGCCUUAUUGCUGGCAGCGGGUGCAGACAUUAAUGCGCGGGAUCAUGCCGGGCACAGCAUCUUCUGGCAUCGGAUCUCAGAGAUGCCGAAGCCGAAAGAUGGCGACGACAGUCAGCCUCGCGAUGAUGUCCUGUUCCUUCUUGAUCACGGGGCCUCUCCCCGCUUGCGAGACCUUAGGGGAAGGACUUGUCUGCAUGAGGCUAUCAAAACCCAACCAAUCGGCUCCGAAGAUCGAAGGGACACUCCCCGUUUUGACUUCCUGCUGACAAUCGGUCUUGACCACACUAUAGUUGAUUACGAUGGGAACUCACUACUUCAUGAGCUUGCAGCCAGAGAGGGAUCAAAAGAGGCAUAUGGUCGUAAAUGGAUAAAUCCGCUCUGGGAGCAUCUUGUCUGCACUCUUGGUCUCGAUAUCAACCAACAGAACCACCUUGGCCGCACGCCACUUCACAUUCUCUGCGACGCAUACCCCGACGAUGCCAAACGAUACGACGAUGAUCCUAUGCCCAUUGACUUCAUCAUCGCACAAAUGAAGAACGUCGAUACUCCGGACCAUGCCGGCGUAACAGCUUUGCACGUUGCGUCAACUCGAACGGAAUAUUGUACUCAGAAACUCUUGAAGGCUGGCGCCAAUCCUCGAGCCAUUACCCACGAGCGUCUUACACCACUUCAUCUGGCCGCUCGCUCACAACAGAGCAAUAUCGUCGGCAUGCUCGUGCGUUCGCUGCAAAAAUUGUCACGCCGGAAGCCACACGCAAAUUCGCAGGGCCUUCUGUUGAAAGAGGAUGGCGACAAACUUCGUAUUGACGGCAUUGAUGCGAAGGAUGUAAGUGGACUUAGUCCGCUCUAUUACGCUGUCCGAAGCGGCAGACCCGAGACUGUGAUGAUCCUCUUCGAAGCAGGGGCGAAUGCAAACGCAGGCGGCAAUUUGUUCAAAGCCUGCAGCGAGUUUGAGGAAGAGAACGCGUUUCGCAAGGUGACAUGUCACGUCAACCAUGAUCCGCUAACUCAAAGGGAGACCAGGGCGGAUCUCUCAAGCGAACAAGUGGCAUCCUCUUCUAUUAAGACCUCCAGGACUGAGUUGUUCACUAGCGACACUACGAGGCUAGAGGAGAUUGUAACAUUGCUAGUUGAGUUUGGUGCUGACCCUUCCGGGCUCCGACCGACGAGACAGCCCUAUGCUCGUGGGAUUAUAGGCGACUGUAUAUGGCAUGGCAAGGCAUACACAGCCAGUUGUAUUGUUGAUAAAAUUCCCCGUUCGCUCUGGGUCGAGCCAGGCAAGUCAUCCCCUUACUCCACUGUCCUUUCCGUCAGCGCUCCUGCAUAUGAUCCUGCACUCGCCUCAUCAAAACGUUUUCCACGGGUUGAGGCGGGCGAACCGAACGCUUACAAGUUCAUUCUGUUUCUGCGUCAAAGACAGUAUCGACUGGUGGAGGAGCUUGCCAAGCGCGGCACGAGGUUUCUCCCGGAUCCCCGUGAUGAGUACCAUUUCAGCCACUUUGCGGUACUAGUCCAGCACGGUUUCGCCCAGUUAGUCAGGGAGAUCGGUAUGAUUGAAGCGAAACGUGCGCUCGGUCAUGGGGAUUGGCACGCCUUUGGCGAUAGCUCUAAAGCAGGGCUGUGGUGCGCCAACCGGCCGGCAAGCGAAACGCAAGCAGAGGGACGAGUUAUACAUUCCAUUGAGUCAGAUCUGAAGAGGAUCCCGAAACCAUUCCUCCUCGAAGCUGUGCAGCGCGACCUUCCCAAUCAUAGGGUCGUCAUGUCGCUCGUCGAAGAAUUCCACGUUGAUGUAAAUGAGAGAACCUGGGGUACAGAUUACGUUGAGGACAAUCGCAUACUAGCAUAUAGCGACUCAGCUCUUCAUUACGUUGCGCAAGGUUUACGCUGGUGGCAUGUUCACCAUACCUUGAGAUAUCUUCUGAAGGUGCCGGGGAUCGACAUAAAUCUCCGCAUCAAGGGUGGUCUCACACCUCUACACAUGGCAAUCAGUGGCGGGACAGUCCUCAAGCCUAGACCUCAUUCUUACGACGCAGUGAAACUUCUCCUCAAGUCUGGAGCCGAUAUUCACGCCAUAACCAAGAGGGGCAAAAGCUGCCUCAGCAUGGCCAGCCAUGAUGUCCUGAUGACCCGACUGCUGAUGAAGCACGGAGCCAUCGUCAUGCCUGAUGACAUCGUAUCGGCAGUCGAAGCCGGUCAGGUCGAUGCACUUCGUGAGCUUUUGCGCACAAGGGAUGAUAGAGCACAUCCCGACGUAGACCUAGAUCCAGCGCUGCGCGCAGCGGGCAUGCUGUUCAUCAAACCACACCCAGACGACGGUUUCUGGAGGCCAAUGGUUGACAAUGCUAUUGUUACUGAGAUAAUUAAGAUCCUUAUCGACCACGGAGCGAACCCCCUUUCUAACUACUUCUUUUUGGAAGAGAGCAGCAGGUCAAGUUCAAGUCCGGAAUCCGUCAUUUUCAAAAAGGGAGCAUCGCCCUUGGACGUAAAUGCUGAUCAUCGUGAGGCGACCUUGUUGCACGAGCUGAUUCUAGCUGUCGGGGGCGUUCAUAUACAACUAUUUCUAGUUCCCGGGCUUGAUGUCAACUACAGGAAUCCACAGGGACUCACCAUUCUACAUGCUGCAUGCUUGAGAGCAGACUUCAUCGACAAGCCCAGUGAUCCCAACAACUCCACUGCUGAUGAAUUACAAAGAGAAACUGUUUUCCAGCGCCUGGUAGGACUGGGUGCCGAUCUCACUGCACAAGAUGCCCUCGGCCGAACGAUCUUGACAUGCCUGCUUAGCCACAAGUGGACUAUCUCACCAGGGUGGAGGGCAACUUUGAAGGCUAUGAUUCACCUGGCACCCGAGCUGGUACACCUUGUCGACUUUCAAGGCGAUACUGCGUUGAUGUAUGCUGUACGUCAAGCUGUCGAUUCAGCGGCUGAAACGGAGCCGGUACAACUUCUGCUAUCAGCGGGUGCGUCCCCGCUAGUGACAAAUAAGCAUGGCGAAGGUGCGCUGCACAUGCUGGCAAAUGAUCUCGGCACGGCGGGGCUUCGUCAAUUACUUCGGGAUAUCGUCAGUCGCGGGGCCGACAUCAACGGACGCAACCUGCUAGGCGAGACGCCGCUGUUCAAGUUCGCUCACCGGUUCCCGCAAGGCUCCGGCAAUAUAUACGAUCAGGACUACGUGAAGAGGAAACUCCGGGGUGACAAGUACGAGGUGCCGCGAGAGCAGGGGAGUAUAGCAUUGCUACAGGAGCUGGGCGCCAACUUCUUUGUCACAGAUAAUGAGGGUAGAGGGCUAUUGCAUGUCGCCGCGACCGGCGACGUCGUACGUUUCCAGGAGCUCAUGGAUGUGGGCUUGGAUCCGAUGAUGGAGAACAAUGCGCAGCAGACGGCAAUUGAUGUGGCAGCGGCUUCCUCGAACGAUGCGGUCCUGGAGAUCUUUGAGAAAAAGGCUAGAAAGUAG